CAGCGGCGCCGGGGGUUCUGAACUUGGUUGCCACUUCUUGAGCCGCGGGGAUGGAGGCGUCGCGCUGCCGGCUCGGACCCCGCGGGGACAGUGCCUUUGAAGAUGAGACCAUGAAGCUUCGACAGCUGAAGCUUGAUAAUCAGAGAGCACUGCUGGAGAAGAAGCAGAGAAAAAAACGCCUUGAGCCACUCAUGGUACAGCCAAAUCCAGAAGCAAGGGUACGUCGAUCAAAGCCAAGAGGUAGCGAGGAGCAAACUCCUUUGGUGGAAGCUCAUACCCCGCAGAACGAUGUCAUCCUACAAGGCAUUGAUGGUCCAGCGGCCUUCUUGAAGCCAGAUGCUCAAGAUUUGGAAACCAAACUUCAUGUUCUCUCAGUAGGCGCUUCUGCUACAGAAGAGGAUACAGAAGGAAGUGUUGAUGGGGAAAGCACUUUGGAGACUGUGUCCAAGCCAGAUCUCCAGGAGAUUCUCCAAAAACAUGGUAUCUCAGGUAGUUUGAACUUCGAUGAAGAGGAGACCGAUGGAGAGGAAGAAGGGAAAAAAUUAUGUCAUUCACCAUAUUCAGAGGCAGAGAGACCCAGUUCUGCAUCCAGCCAGAAAUCAACCACAGAUGCGGGAGCUUCCGGUACUGCAGUCCAACAAACGGAUAACCAGCUGGGAGAAGUGGAGAACUUAGAGGACUUUGCAUAUAGUCCUGCCCCUCGGGGGAUUAUAGUCAAGUGUCGGAUAACCAGGGAUAAAAAAGGAAUGGAUCGGGGUCUCUUCCCCACUUACUAUAUGCACUUGGAAAAGGAUGAAAAUCGGAAGAUAUUUCUUCUCGCAGGUAGGAAGCGGAAAAAGAGCAAAACAUCCAACUACCUUAUCUCCACUGAUCCAACAGAUUUAUCUCGUGAAGGGGCAAGUUAUAUUGGCAAACUCAGAUCCAACCUCAUGGGGACCAAGUUCACAGUUUAUGACCAUGGUGUCAGCCCAACCAAGGCCCAAGGUCUGGUAGAGAAGGCCCAUAUCCGGCAGGAGCUGGUAGCCAUCUGUUACGAAACAAAUGUACUUGGAUUUAAAGGUCCUAGGAAAAUGUCUGUCAUCAUUCCAGGGAUGAAUAUGAAUCACGAACGGAUCCCCUUUCGGCCACGAAAUGACCAUGAGAGCUUGCUUUCCAAAUGGCAAAACAAAACCAUGGAGAACUUGAUUGAACUGCACAACAAGGCCCCAGUCUGGAACGAUGACACGCAGUCCUACGUCCUAAACUUCCAUGGCCGGGUCACUCAGGCAUCUGUGAAGAACUUUCAGAUAGUCCACGAGAAUGACCCUGACUACAUAGUCAUGCAGUUUGGACGUGUGGCAGACGAUGUGUUCACCCUGGACUACAACUACCCGCUGUGUGCACUUCAGGCCUUUGCCAUCGGGCUUUCUAGCUUUGACAGCAAACUGGCAUGUGAAUGAGAGAAACGGCAGGUGCCAAGCUUUCUCAUUCAGAGCUUUCAGGAGCGGAUAUUGCCUCCUCUGCUUUUGCCCCAGGACAUGAAGAGCGACAGCCCACUCCUUGGGGAGCAAUCCCCGAAUGUAUGUAUAUGUUUAUCCGUGCGUGUGUACAUGUAUUUAGGGGUAUAUGUACACACGCACGUAUGUACACACACACUCAACUUCUCUGGGUUUCACAGACCCGGUCAGGGAUCACAGCUUCACAUGGGUGAGACAUGGUUCAGAGCACAGAAGGUUCCUGUCCAGAGCACACUGGUAACUCCUGAGGUGAUUGCCCAAAGAUUCUGUGCCUCAACAGUCAGAUUUCCUAUGCUUGGAAACUUGCAGCAAGAAUCACGUUCUAAUGAUUAAUUACCGGGGUCUUUUUUUGGAAGACCUUUUCAGAGUGGGAGAGUUCCCUAAAUUGCCUUUAGUCUUCAGGUCUGUAGACUUUUUCUGUAAAUGGCCAAGAGAGUCCCUCACAGCUGCUCAGCUCUGUUGUACCACAAACACAGCCAGGGCCAGUUCAGAAGCCAGUGAGUCUGGCUGUGUUCCAUUGAAACUUUAUUUACAAAAACAGGCAGCAGGCCAGAUUUGGCCUGUGGGCUGGUUUGGGGGCCCUGGCUCCAGGGAUAUUUCUGUAAACGAUGGGCCUCGGCAUCUUCCAGAAUGGGCCCGUGGUCGUGACAUCAUAUGAGUGGGAAAUGGGUAUCUCUAGGAAGCAACAGUCCCACAGACUGGAUCCAAAAAGGUACUCGGCUACAUCCACAUAGCUUUUACGUUGUUUUCUAUUUUUUAUUUAUUUUUAUUUCUUUUAAGUAAGCCUUACGUCCAAUAUGGAGCUUAAACUCACGACCCUGAGAUCAAAAGUCACAUGCUCUACUGAUGGAGCCAGCCAGGAGUGCCUCUUACAGCUAUAUUACUAUGAAGUCAUAGUAUAGAGGGACACAUACACCUGUAGACCAUGUAAGAGGUAAGAGAACAUUGUGUAUCGAAACUUGUCAUUGUCAUUAUCCAGAGAGGUGGCAGGGAGGCUUUGGUGACCGAGCUCUGCAGACCGUGUUAGGCAGAGCUUUGGACCUUUCUUCUUAACAGAAAUAUUAUCAGCUCCCUAAAGCCUGGCUCACUGGUACCCAUCAUGUUCCUGUCCGUUUUCCUCACAGAUCAUAAGAGUUUUGCCAAGUCUUUCAGAUUAUUAGCACCUCCCAACAAAUCCUAUGACUCUGCUUGCCACCAGUUCACCAGUCUCAGAAUGCAUCUGACUCUUGAGAAUCCAAGAACCUUGUGAGUCCUACAUUCAGCAUUGUCCCACUCCCAAGCCUUUGUGCGCCGAGCUGUUGCCAGCAUGGGGCAAGGAGUCAGGGCUGUUGUGCGAUUAUGUUUCCCUUCUGCAGACUUCCUUUUCGUCCCCGCUUCCUGUUGUUCCUUGCUCCACAUCAAAUAGCAAUGCGAAGGAAAGAGAUGUGGGAGAUGAAAAGACUCUUUGCCCAUCCCCCACUGGCGAGGCCUGUUUGCUUUGUUUUGACAUGCUUGGUUUCCAUCUCAGGCAUGCUUCCUAUCAAGUGCCUCAUUCAUAGAAGUGCCCUAACGCCCUUCAGACCUCUCGCGCCACCGUCCUGAUGGACUGUCUAAUCUGCCCUCGUUGAAAACGGAAAGCCUGACGGGACGACUGGAUCUAAUCCUGCUUCCUCCCGCUUUGUCUGGCUCCGAGACAUCUAUGUCCCAGCUUCAUGUACUCUCUGCUUGAACGUGCAGGCGAUUGGUUUUACAGAAAUCAUAUUUAUACCUUUUGUAUGCUACAGAAAUAAAAGAUAAUUUAUAUAAAAA